CAUUCUGAAAAGCGCUAAAGGAAACGGUGCCACUGUAUAAAAGGUUUUUAGCACUGUCGUUACAGGUACUAAAACAACACCGAACGACAGAGAUAUGAGCCGAAUGCGUGAAGAAGUGGAGUUGGAAAAAAGUGUCAGGCGACUGAGAGAGAGGUUUCAUGGACUUGUUGAAAUUGACAAGGCUGUAUUGCUCAUGCGACGCUAUGGAAACAACCAUCGUAUGGUUGCAAUGUGUGUCGCCCUGAUGGCAGAUAAUGAGAGGGAGCUGGACGAGGAAGACAUGUCAGCUUUGAAUAAUGACCCUGUAGCUAAGAACGUGGUUAUGAAACUCAAAGCUGAUGAAAAACAACAGGAAGAAAAACCCGCCAAGUCAUCUGGAUCCAGUGGUGCCAGUCAAUCAGCACAAGCACCGGCCAAGAAAAAACCCAAUGAUGACACUGAUAUAGCGGAGCUCGGGGCGCGUCUACGAGUUCUGCCGUUAACAGAGGAGAACAAACGAAUGUUUGACCAGGCUCAGGCAAACCAGAUGCCUUCUGUCAUUCAUCAGUUCGCCUGUGAGUCAUGUGACAGGGACUGGUGGCGACGUGUACCUCAGAGGAAAAGGGUGUCACGUUGUCACCGAUGCAAAAAGAAGUAUGACCCUGUGCCAGCCAACAAAAUGUGGGGUAUAGCGGAGUUUAACUGUCCAAACUGCUUACGGACCUUCAAGGGUUUUGGUCGAAUGGAUGGACGUUCCCCUUGUUACGGCUGUCGCUCAGCCAUUUUCCCCACAAAGAUUAUACCACCCAAGAAGAGAAGCAUGAUGCCUGGGCCUAGAAGAAGAAAUCAGCACAGCUGUCUUGCUGAAGACUGUUAUAAUCGAAUGGAGCCCCAUGUACCUGGUACCGAAUGCGUUCACCCACAUAGCAGACAGAAGAACAGGAAGCCACGUGUGGUUUACCCCAGCCCCGCUCACAUCAGCAGCGGAUCCACUGUCAACACCUGUCUGAGUCAGGGUAGUCUGAUAGAAAGCAUCAAUGAGCUCAUUCUAGAUGACAUUGAAGAAGAGUCUGAUGAAGAUUCUGACAGCAGCACCUGAGGCGGCAGCAAAAAUCAGUUAAACGACUGACAUCACUUCAGGUGUUGCUUUGAAUGAACCAUGAUAUAAUUUUUGAUGUAAUUUCAAAUAAUUCACUCAAAGUAACAAAUGUAUUGAGGCGUAUGCAGCCUGAAUGAAAUAUGUAAUGCACUGCAGGCUGUAUGAACUCAGUGCAACACACACCAAACACAGAAUCCAGAUAAGGAAUGAUUGUCCAUUGAAUUAUGGAUCAAUUAGUGCACACCCUGAGGUGGUAAUGCUGCGGUGUGUGUAUGAGAGAGUGAGCAUUUGUGGUUCUCAGCCAUACAAAAGAUUUACUGAAGUGAUAUGAAACUAUAAUGCUGUCAACAAACCUGGAAAUACUUAAAGCUGCAGUCCGUAAGUUUUGCCUCUUUGUC